AUGAGAUCCUCGGACAUCCAAGCGGCGACGACCCUGUCGAGCGAGAAGAAGAUCGGAGGCUGCUUCAAAGCGCCGAAGAUGAAGUUCGUCACGAAGAAGGGGUUCGACCCAGCGUUGCAUGGAGAGUGGGAUCCUUCCCGAGUUGUGACCCAAAAGAUCUUUGGCGAAGAGCACGAAGGAAUGUGGGUGCGCGAUGGCAAGGAUGGGGUGUUCGAUUAUGAGUCUUAUGAUGAUAGAUCCUUCCAGGAAUCUUCGGUGCAGCAUGAAGCCGAUGAUGGUCCUUUUGCUUCCGAAGCAUUGGACCGCAAGCGCAAGGCGAACACAGAGGCUUUCCAAGCAGCAGCAAAGGCCAGGGCCAGCCAAGCUGUGGAGGGCAAGGAGCUGACCCUGGCAGAUCUGUUGACCCAGAUCAAUGCCGGGUCUGGAAGCAGCUGCAAGGCUGCUCCUGACGCGGCCACUGGCCAGGGUUCCAGGUCCAACAGUGACGCCGAGAGCGUUCACAGCAGCAACAGUGACGAGGAAGGUUCUUCGGAAGACGAGCGGCCUUCGGCCUCGUUCUUUGGGGCGCCGUCGGCUCAAGCGAAAGGAAAAGCAAAAGCGAAGGCCCAGGCCACGCCGAAGCCCAGCAACAGCAAAAGCACCGAAACGCCGGCAAAGACCAAGGCCAAAGCCAAGGGCCAAGCAAAGAGGGUGUCGUCCUCCAGCAAGGCCAGCCCGAGUGGCCCAAAGGAGCCGACGAAGGUCCCGAGCAAGGCCAACCCGAGUGGCCCAAAGGAGCCGAAGCAGGAGGAUGCUGCCGACGUGAACACAUCGUUUGCGGAUGGAUUCCCGGGAGCGUUCGCAACGCCUGGCAUGCUCAUGCUCGACGGACGGGCCCAGAGAUCCUUGAAGACUUGCAAGGACACGCUGGCGGACAUCCUGAGCAAAGUUGAGAAGGUCGACUUCGAUGGCUUGCCGCCCGGUCCCGACAAGGAGUCCAGAACGGCAUUCAAGAUGGACUGCAUCGGAAAAUCAAAAACGCUCCAAGCCUUGGCAAAAACUGCUCGGGAUGUGCAGAAGUGCAUGGAGAAGUCCCCGAACAAGGAUCAGCUGGCCACUGUGUUGGACCACUUGUACAUUGUCGAAACGGGCAUGCAGGCAUUGGUGAAGUUGUUGGCUCAAGUCGGCUUGGAGAAUCCCGACAUCGAGCAGGUCGUGGAGGCAUACGAGGAAGCUGAACACUUCAUGAAAUGUGAGCUAUUCAAGGAAAUGCGGGGGCUUGGCCCAGCAUUCCAGCUGAAGUUCUUGGUCGCGAAGGCUUCUUGCCGGUGUCUCUACAGCAAGUACGAGGAGUUCUGGCAACACUUCCUCACGGAAUCGGAGUUGCCCCGAUCUUUGGUGGAUAAGGGGCUCAGCUCAGCGAUCUUGGCCGAAGUGGAGAACCGGGUCCUCAUGACGUUGUGUGCAAUCCAGCCUGACAAGAUCAGUGGGCUGAGCGCGGCCACCCCAGAAGAUGGACCAGCGCAUGAAGCUCUCCAGCUGUGCCGUGCCAUGCUGAGCGUCUGCUCUCAGAACCCGAGCCCUGAACAGUUCGUGCCGGCAUCGAUGAACGAUGACAUGAUUGCGGCUGCGGCGGUGUUGGGCCAGGCCGAUGUGGACAUGACCAAGCUCGGUGCGAGCGUGAAGACGUUGCAGGAUGCUGCGGCUGCUUUGGGGCAGGAUGCAGAUGCCAGCGUGACUGCGAUUCAGCGAUUCUUCGUUCAGCAUCCAACAGGCUUGGCUAUGUUUGAGGCGGCCUCUGGCCGGGUUCAUCAAGGCCAGAAAGAGGCUGAAGUUGAAGAGAGCUUGGCAGCGCUGGACAAGGCCCUCGAGUCCGUGACGAUGGCCAGUUCGCAAGACGUAGGCCCAGCAGCCAUCGAACGAUUCUUCGUGCCCACACGAGAUGCGUGGCAAAACUGCAUCCAGAAGCUCAAGGCUUUGAAAAGCAACAAGAAAGCAAGCAAGAACUUCGACCGACUUGCCGAGAAGUUGGAAAAGAUGGAGAGCAAGUUCUUUGGGCAGAUUGAGACCGUUUCGUUCAGGAUCUUGAGUUUCAAUUUGUCGGAACAGGUCCUCGGUCCGUUGAUUUGGAAGCUAGUCUGCGAAGCAGUGGCUGCUGAUGGCAAAGUAUCCAACGCCGAUGGCCCGGUGAGUCUCAUCAACCUUGACGAGGUCUGGCCAACCAUCCGUUGCCUUAGCUUUACUCAGGAUCCGUUUUGGGGCACCCUCCCUCACCAUGUGUAUCCAUGGCUGAAAGAUUAUUUGGCACUAGCAAAUUCGCUUUGCGAGUUGGGCGACUUUGUGUUUCGGCAGUUGCCUGCCUUCAGCCAUCUUCCCCGGACCGAGCGGAGCCCCGCAAGCGUGAGAGCAUGGCUCACAGGCGUGCCACCUGAUCUGAAGCGAUGGCUACCUGAAGGAAGCGAAGAUUUGCACUCUCGUUUCCAAUGCCAGUUCCUGAAUCCUUGUAAGUCGCACCUCACCAGUUUGUUCACUUCAGGCCUCGAGUCCCUUGCCCAGACAGUGCGCCAGUGCAUCGACGGACAGAUGGGAGGAGGACUGUCGCAAGACAUGUUGACGCAGCUCCUACAGCAGAUCCCGGCGCAGCAUCCUUUGCGGCCAUUGAGUUGCUCCUUCUUGGAGGUGGCUGCCCUGCAGCGGGGGGAUAUGAGCAAAGCUGAUCACUCAGCUUUGGCUUCAGCGCUUUCCACUGUCAGUGCGAGCUUCCUGAAGGCAAUCGAAGAGGCCAAGACGCAACAGGACUUCAAGGAAGGACUGAAGGCCUCUGCCUUGGACCAAUCUGGGGAGUGGCUUCGCAACAUCGGCUGCGGGCUCGUUGAUACCAUCAUCCAGAAGCAGGUUGCAACUCGUUGGAGGCUGCAACUAAGGAGCUUGAAGAAUUGGUCAAGCGGCUUUCAAGGACAGACAAUGAGGCAUCGUAUCGUGAAGGAGCUCUCCCCCUUCUCAAUGCUUUGGCCAGAAAGGUGCAGCGAGUGUCUGAUGAACUGA